AUGGUGCCGCCUACACCCUCUGCUGGCAUGGCCAGCAGGUGCUCCGUGCUGAAGGCACCCUCGAGAGGUGGAUUGACAAAGCGGGGCAGCAGCCGCACGGUGUCCACCAACGCGGAUCACCGAGCCACCCGCGCAGCCAGCGAGGCAGCAGCCAAUCACCCUCCACAUUUCCUUCACGACGAGUUGGCGGGCAUGCAGGAUCAGAGCAAACUCGGCUGGAAGCUCAUCGACGCAGCCCUGGAGCGAUUCAACAAGGACAGCGUCUCCCGCUACGACAACCUGGUGCCUCUUCGCCUGCCCAUCCUCGACUUGGCCAAGCGCAGCACAGAUCAGAUGCCGGAAUUGGCUUUACCCUCUGUACAAGCUUGGUUCGACAAGUAUCUGCGCAUCCUGUUCGGCGAGGACACUCCUAGAUACAAGAUGAUGAAGAUGGCGAUUUCUAUGCGACGAGCCCUAUUCCUGUUCGAGGGCCUCGAUGCAGCUGGUCAGCUGCGAGAGGCCGUGGAGAUUCUCAUUCAAGGCUUCGUCAAGGAGGGUCACUUCCUGCUGAUGACAUCCAGGCGUCUCCCGCAGGGCUCUUCCCUGGAGAGCCUGCCGGAGCACAUCGUGGCAAUGGAGAUGCAGCCCCUGUCGGAUGAGCAAAAGAGGGCCAUCGCGCAUUCUCGGCUCGGCUUGCAGGGCUUGCAAUCCUUCAACACGUUCCUCACAAAGAUCCGCAGAGGCCAAAGAGGCAGCGAUGGCGGCGAGACGCAGGAACAGGACGACAUCUUUGGCAACCCGAUGAUGCUGAGUAUGCUGCUCUGCUACCUCUCGCCCAAGGCCGGCGAUGAGACGGAGCAUCGCAGCCCUGCAACGGAUGGUGAAGGGGUGGACCUGAUGGCAGUCUACCGCGUAUCCGUGACCGUCAUGCUCAAGCGAAUGCUGUUGCAGCAGCAGGCGGACCGCCACAUCAACGAAGAGCUGUUGGAGGACUGUUCACGCGUGCUGGAGAGAGCCGCGAUGAACAUGCAGGCAAAGCGAGACACACAGAUCGAGUGUGAAGCUUUCGAGAAGGAGCUUACGAUCCAACUGAAGGAACGCUGGACAAAGAACCUGCGAGCCUCCGUCGACCUCGGGCGCGCUAUGCUGUUGCGCAUGCAUCGCGAGGGCAACAGGACCAUGAUCCGCUUCAUGAUCAAAGGUUUUCAGGACUACUUCUCUGCCUGUGCCAUCAGCAAGGGCGAUGACAGCGACCACUUGUUGGACCAGGUGAGCUAUCAAGCUCUCCUCAAAGAUGACUGGUGGGCUCAAAUGCUCGACAUGCUGGCACAGGCAUGGCCAAAGCAGUAUGUGCAGCUCAUGGAGAAGAAAAUCGACAAGUUCAAGGACGAGCAUGGUGGAUCGGCUCUCCACCUCGCCGCCAAAGUGGGUCAUGUGCCUAUCUUCAGGUUGGUGAAGAAGUUCUCCGACGCCAACCAGGUUCUUUCGGCGAAGAACGCCGAGGACCAAACGCCGCUCCACGUCGCGGCCGAAAACGGACAUCAUGCUGUGUGCCAGCUUAUCAUCGAGAAGAAGGGGUCGGUGGAUGUGGAAGACAGCAAGGAGCGACUGCCAUUGCAUUUGGCACUCCAGUCCGGACAUUUUUCGCUCGCCCGAUUUCUUUUGGACAAGCUGGAGGAGGAGGCUUCCAUGCAGCCGGCGGCUCACAGCAACCAGAAGAAGGAGGACUUGUCCGAAAGGUUGGCACGAAGGAUCCUGUCGAAAUCCACGGGUGACGAGCCGUUGGAUGAGGAGGAUUUCCUGGGCGAGGUACCAAACAUCUUCCCUGAGAUGAAGUACUUCCGCAAGGAGGAGCAGAACGAGUACAAGAGGCAGAUGGCUUCCCUCCUGAGCGUCUACUGGGUCUGCUCCGAUGACUACGACAGCUUCGCGAGGAAGCAGUCGGACGAGGAGAAGUUGAAGGAGGAAUCGUGGGAAGGGCUCCAAGAAUGGGCGAAGAACAAGGUGCAGAUGACACCGCGCAGAGUCGCUGCCGUGCUCGUGUACUGCGCCAUCGCAGGUAUCGGAAAGAUUGCGCCCUUCCAAAAGCACUUUGCUGCUGAUGCGACGGAGCCCAUAUCGGCCUUGGCAAGCAUCGUCCAGCGGCAUUCUGUGUUAGUGCCUUCCUUCCAGCGCCUGGAUGACGAGGAGCAGCACCUGAUUCUGGGCUGUCUCAAGGCUCAUGCCAACUUCAACUUUGGCCAGUUCCUGCAGGCAGAAAGCCUGCCGGUCAGCCUCUUCAAAUGCAAGGAGUUGGUGAUGUCCCAGGAGGAGACCAUGACGAACGUUUUCGGUUUCUUCCUCUUCACCGUCUUCAUGUCCCUUUGCGCCAUUCUUGGCGUGAAGAGCCUCGAGGGGUCCUUGUUCAUGACGGAGGAGAUGUACAAGAACUUCAAGGUUGGGCUGGAGUCCUUGACGAAGCUGACGGACGCAGAGAGCGGUGAUGUCUACAACGGCUUCCUGCGGAAGCGCGCAGAGCUCGCAGGGGUCGAGUUCGAUGAGGAGUCUCCGACUUUGGAGCAGAAGGCCAUCGUUCGCCUCAGCUGCCUCACGCGGAUCUUCGAGAAGGAGAAGGGCAGUCUGGUCUUCGAAGCGUUCAUGUCGCUGCCCCCUGGUGUCCGCGAGGAGCUCACUGGCUUUCUGAACGCCGACGGCUUGAGCAAGAGAGGCUUUCUAUUGAUGCACUCACCGAACUUGAUGUGCAACGCCUUUCAAAACAAGAACCUCAGCCUCGACAAGGCUAUGCGGCAGCUCCUCAAGAUGUAUCAACUCUCUGAGGAAGCGUUUCCCGCCCCUGCAGACGGAGAAGCUGGGGUCAUCACCGUCAUGGUGGAGGAGAUGGCGACCCAUGCGAAGAAGUGCGAGGAUGCCGAGUCUUUCGACAGCACGAACCUGGAGGUCAGCAAGUUCCAGGGCGUCAAUGCCGACCGUACUGCCAAGAUCGUGCUGAGCCCAUGGCAGAACAACACGGACAAGCGCCUCCUCAUCAGCCUGGACGAAGAUGUGUCCGAGCUCUUCUACGAUGUGAGCGUUCAGACGGUCACAGAGUCGAGCUUCAUACAGAGACUGAAGACGUGCUUCCCAGAGCUCAAGUACCUGGAUGGCGACGACCCCGGCGUCCCAGAGCUUCGGAAGCGCACGCUGUGCACCAUGCUCUGCAUCUAUUGGCUCGCUGGCGACCGUCACGAGGAGUUCAUCCGCGGGCAGGCUGUCGCCAGCCAGCUUCAGGAAAGCUCCUGGCAGUGGAUUCAGCAGUGGAUUUCCCCAAUGCUGGAGGAUCCGGACGUGAUGAAUGUCGUUUGUGCUGCUGUCAUGGUCAAGGCAGUCUGCCGCAUUCCAAAGUUUCAGAAGCAGCAGGCCCCAGGCAUCCUAGACCUCCGCGACGUCAUGAAGCACGUGCUGGAGAACUGCCCGAAAGUGUUACCAUCCUACCAAAGACUGGAAGAGGAUGAUCGGCACCAGCUCGCAGAGUGCUUAAGCCAUGACAUUGAGCUGGAGCGCUUGGUGAAUGCGGAGAGCUGCCCUGCUGGCUUGGGAGUGGUCAGAGAGCUGGUGCAACUCUCGCGGGAUGCGCCGGAGGUGGCGACGCGACGAUCCUUUGACUCAUUGUCGCUGCUGCUAUGGUCUUCAUUCCUCGAUCUCGCAGGUUCCAUGGGGAACGAGAGUCAGGAGGGAUCCUUCUACAUGACGGAGGAAAGAUAUCAGAAGAUCUUCAUUGCGCAGGAGAGCUUGCAGAAGAUGCGAAGUGACAGCUGCAGUGAGACGGAGGUUUACGACUUCCUCCUUGAAAAACGGGUGGAGAAGCACGUGACCUUCGAGCCCGACCCGGAGAGCAAAGCUUGUGCAAGACUCGCCUGCCUGGCAAAUAUCCGAAACAGCAGCGAUGCAGCCGACGUGCGCGAAGCUCUUUGUUCUUCGGAGGUGCUGAAGACGCCCGAGGAGCGUGCGCGGAUGGUCAGGUACCUGACCAGUGCACCGCGUGAGCGCCACUCCGUGGUGGAACCGGAGGCGGCAGAGGAGCAGACACCAAGCGCGUUGGUGGAGCGGCCCUCCUUUGCGCUGCGCGAGGCCACCAGUUUCCUGGAGAAAGCCCGCGACAAUCCGGAGAUUGGCAUUUCACAGGCCACGCGCAUCUUGCUGCGAGUCUUUGAUGAAGCUACCAAAGAGUUCAACGGCGUUGAUGCUGCAAUGGUUCACAUCGACUUCACGGAGCUCGCCAGCUUUGCUGCAGACUUCGUGGGCUCCGCGAAAUUCCAGGAUGUCCCUUUUGAGCUGAAGAGGACCACUCCGACAGCUUUCGAGGCCACGGUGAUCCCGAAGGUUUGGAUUCCAGUCUCUAACGAGCAAGUCCUGGAGAAGCUCAAGAAGAAUGCCGUGGAGCUUUGCAUGGACCUUCGCGAUCACAAGCUCCCGGAGCGUGUCUUCCGGGAUCGCAUUGCACACAUCUACCCCGAGAUGGCGUAUUUUGGUCCAAAUGCCACCAACCUGGCGAACCAGACCGUGUGUUCCCUCUGCUGUGUCUACUGGCUGCUCUCCAACCAGCACGAGGCUUUUAUUCGGGGGCAGCCCUCCGACUGUCAGCUCUCGCGCCAGAGUUGGGCAUGGAUUCAGGAUUGGCUGCAGAAGUCGGUGCGGCUGACCACACCCGAGAAAAUCGAUGCCGUGCUGACGAUCAUGGCCAUCCACGCCUUAGGAAAGUUCCCGGCGUUUCGGGCGGACUUCCCGUAUGUGAAGCACCACACACAGGAAAUGCACGACCUGGCUUUGGCGCAGAUCCUCCAGAACAACCCAGAAGUCGUGCCAUCGUUUAACCGGCUGGAUGCCGAGACCAAGAAAUUGAUCAUCGAUUGCCUCAGCGUCGAUUUCGAGUUUAGCCAGUUUUUGCUGGGCGAGAACACUGCUGCAAAUCUGGUCAUGGUGAAGGAUCGCUUGAAAGGGCACGGUCAAAACGGCCAUUCCUUCUUCCUGUUCCGGAUCUUUGCGCAGAUGUGCGGGAAGCUGGGCCCUAAGAGUCAGAGCGGCUGCCUCUUCAUGAAUGAGAAUCAGUUCAAGCGCUGCACGCCCGGCUUGAAAGCGCUGCAGGCCCUUUGGAAGUUGGAUGGAAAGGCCUGCUACAACGACUUUAUCCUUCUCAGAGGAUCGAAGGCCAUGUCUCGCUUCGCAUCGCCGGAGCAUCAGGCUCUCUCAAGGCUUCUCUGCCUUUUCGAUGCCUACGACAAAGACGGAGGCAGCGCCUUGUGCAAUGCCUUCGACGAGCUUGCCGUGGAAGAGCGCCAAAGUCUCACGCAGUGGCUGAACAGUGACUCUGAGAAGUGCUGCGUCAUCAUCCCUGGCGCUUCAACGAUGCUACAAAACGCGAAGGCGAACACGAACGUGGGCCUUCCCAGAGCGCUGCGCUUUCUGCUGAAGGUCAGGGAGCAAUGCCAGCAGCAUGAGAAGAAUUCGAGCUGUUCUCGGCGCGUCAUUCAGUUUGGCAAUAUCGCCACAUGGGCAAAGGACUAUCGUGGCGACACUCCUGGGGAGUCCUGGGAGGAGCCGGGCCCGGAUCAGGGCUUACCAGCUCACCGACCGGUGCUCGUUCCGGCGGACCCGGCUCUCGACAGACGCUUCACCGCUGCGCAGCAGCGUGGAGACGUCGACGCAGACGCCGCAGAGGCCACUGGCUGA